CGCUCCGUUAGGUAACCUUUCAUUUUCUCAACUACCCAUUAUGUAACGGGAGCACUGGGUUCUGGAUCAGUCUUCCAUUAAAGAUGAUUUUUAUAGUCGCUGAGCGUCGUCAGGGAGUGCUGACUCUCGGGGGCGGUUUAAACAGAUACAAGCAUUUAAGCCAGUCCGGAGCCGUGACUCAUCCCCCACCCCACCCCACCCCCAGCGAGAGACGCGGCGCGACCAUUGGUGAGCACCACGCCCCGCCCCUCGCCCCACCCAGCUCCCGCCUGCCCCGCCCCUUUCCACUCCCCGCUCCCCCGCGGUGUCGGAGCAGCAGACCGAUUCUGGGCUACGCGUCGCGUCGGUGGCAGGACUCCUGAGUAUAUUUCAAAACUGAACCAUUUCAACCGAGCUGAAGCACUCUGCCUUCUUAGUGGUACCAGUCCAAUUUAGGAGAGCCAAGCAGACUAUCAGCCAUCAUGGCAAACCUCGGCUACUGGCUGCUGGCCCUCUUUGUGACUACAUGGACCGAUGUCGGCCUCUGCAAAAAGCGGCCAAAGCCCGGAGGGUGGAACACCGGUGGAAGCCGAUACCCUGGGCAGGGAAGCCCUGGAGGCAACCGUUACCCACCUCAGAGUGGUGGCACCUGGGGACAACCCCAUGGUGGUGGUUGGGGACAACCCCAUGGCGGUGGCUGGGGUCAGCCCCAUGGCGGUGGCUGGGGUCAGCCCCAUGGCGGUGGCUGGGGUCAAGGAGGGGGUACCCACAAUCAGUGGAACAAGCCCAGCAAGCCAAAAACCAACCUCAAGCAUGUGGCGGGUGCUGCGGCAGCUGGGGCAGUAGUAGGGGGCCUUGGUGGCUACAUGCUGGGGAGUGCCAUGAGCAGGCCCAUGAUCCAUUUUGGCAACGACUGGGAGGACCGCUACUACCGUGAAAACAUGUACCGCUACCCUAACCAAGUAUACUACCGGCCGGUGGAUCAGUACAGCAACCAGAACAACUUCGUGCACGACUGCGUCAACAUCACCAUCAAGCAGCACACGGUCACCACCACCACCAAGGGAGAGAACUUCACGGAGACCGACGUGAAGAUGAUGGAGCGCGUGGUGGAGCAAAUGUGUGUCACCCAGUACCAGAAGGAGUCCCAGGCCUAUUACGAAGGGAGAAGAUCCAGCGCCGUGCUUUUCUCCUCCCCUCCCGUGAUCCUCCUCAUCUCCUUCCUCAUCUUCCUGAUUGUGGGAUGAGGAAGGCCUUCCUGCUUGUUCCUUCUCGUUCUCGUGGUCUAGGCUGGGGGAGGGGUUAUCCACCUGUAGCUCUUUCAAUUGAGGUGGUUCUCAUUCUUGCUUCUCUGUGUCCCCCAUAGGCUAAUACCCUUGGCACUGACAGGCCCGGGAAAAUGUAUAGUAGACCAGAUGCUAUUUGCUUCAGGUUCCCUUGAUUGAGUCUAUCAUGGGCCAGUGCUAACACCGGGCCAAUAAGAAUAUAACACCAAAUAACCGCUGGCUAGUUGGGGCUUUGUUUUGAUCUAGUGAGUAAAUACUGGUGUAUCCCCUGACUUGUACCCGGAGUACAAGGUGACAGUGACACAUAUAACUUAGUAUAGGCGAAGGGUUCUACAACCAAAGAAGCCACUGUUUGGGGAUGGCGCCCUGGAAAACAGCCUCCCACCUGGGAUAUCUAGAACAUCCACAAGUGGAAUUCUUUCUUUACUAAUAUAAACUAUAGCUGAUUGAAAGCAAAGCUUUGCUCAUUCCCUAGGCACCAGAAUGAUUUUUAGCCUUGCUUGGAUUGAACCCGGAGAUUUUGACUCUGAGGAGAGCCAACACUGUAAAAAGCAUGGUCCUCCUAUGACGCUAGAGAGGGUUAAGUUACAAAGGCUAGGCACUUGGGUUUCUUCAUCUCUGUCUCAUAAUUAUCAAAAGCUAGAAUGACCUUGUGCCCUAAGUUUCUGUACUUGUAUUUGAACUGGACAACAGAGAGACAAUCUAAACAUUCUCUUAGGGCUGCGGAUGAGAGAAAUAGGCUCUAUUCCAAAGUGGCAAAGAAAUUCUGCUAGCAUUGCUUAAGUGAGGCAAAAUUUGUUCCUUAAAUUGCUUUGUAUUUCCCCCAGCAGACAUAGACAACCCUGCGACAGCUUCAGCCUGCACUGUGGGUUUUCUGUGUAGAAUGUAUAAAAUGUAACUUCAAGCUUAGGCCUUCUGUUUUAAAGCAUAUGAAGUGUGGAAUGCACUGGCCGUUCCGUCCGGUACUAAAUGCUUACCGUGUGACCCUUGGGCUUUUAGCGUGCACUCAGUUCCGUAUCAAUCCAAAGUAGACCCCUUGCUGGUCUUUGAAUCUGCAUGUACUUCAUGUUUUCUAUAUUUGUAACUUUGCAUGUAUUUGUUUUGUCUUAUAAAAAGUUUAUAAAUGUUUGCUAUCUGACUGACAUUAAAUAGAAGCUAUGAUGAGCACCA